CACAGGAAACCGAACCUUGUAUCCAAUUUGCUAUCAAUUCCAGUAUCCGACACUGCAACAGCAAUAAGUUUGGGUUAAAAAUAAAUAAAAACUAUCCAAAGGAAAAAUAAAACCCCAACAUCCAAACCUCUUUCAUCUAGGCGGCGGAGGCGGCGGUCGUGCACGGCGGUGCUUCACCUUCUAGAUUUCUUUCAUCUGUAAAUCUCCAAGAUAUGUGAAACUUUUCAAAAGACAGUAUGAGUGACGACAUAUUUGAUGGACAGUUGCUUGCUGAGAAGUUGUCGAAAGUCAGCAAUACACCACAAAGCAUUCAACCCUUGUCUCGAUGGUGUAUUUCUCACCAGAAGAGAGCAAAAGAAAUAGUUGAAACUUGGGUUAAAUUAUUCAAUGCUUCACACAAAGAUCAGCGUAUCGCUUAUCUACACUUGGCUAAUGACAUAUUGCAAAAUAGUAGACGGAAGGGUAGUGAGUUUGUCAAUGAAUUCUGGAAAGUUCUUCCAGAAGCUCUAAGGCGUGUAUGUGAAAGUAAUGAUGACUCUGGCAAGAAAGCAGUAGUCAGACUAGUUGAAGUAUGGGAGGAAAGGAAGGUUUUUGGUUCACGACUUCAAGGUCUUAAGGAUGAAAUAAUAAUAAUGGGUAAGGUUCCCCCUCCAUCUACAAGCAAUGGAAAGAUUUCAAAUUCUAUCAAGAUAGCGAAGAGGGAUGGCCACGUGAGAAUAAAACUGGCUGUUGGGUGUUUGCCAGAGAAAAUACUUUCUGCCUUUCAGCCUGUUCUUGAUGAACAUCUUAAUGAGGAAGCUACUUUAAAAAACUGCAAUGCUGCUGUUCAUGGUGUGGGUAAAGUUGUGGAAGAUGUUGAAAAUACAUUGUCUCAAGGAAACCAGCUAGGAUCCACUUUGGUGAACGACUUGCUCAAUGACUUACAAGAGCAGGAAAAAAAGCUUAAGCAGUACAUGGAGAAACUAGAAAAGGCUGAGGCGGCAAGGGAUUCAUUGCUUUCUCAGCUUAAACACGCACUUCAGGAACAAGAAUCAAGGCAAGAGCUUGUUCACUCUCAGUUGCUUGUUGCACGAGGGCAGAUCGAGAAAGCAGUUGGUAUUAAGAAACGGCUUAACCAAGCAGCAGAAGCUGCAGAUCCAUCUCAGGCUGCAUUAGCUCAAUCAAUACCAUUUGCACCUUUCCAAACUACUGAAGAUGAUAACAAGAAAGCGAAGGAAGCAGCAGCUGCUGUUGCUGCUAAGCUUGCUGCCUCUGCAUCCUCUGCCCAGAUGCUUACAUCUGUUUUUUGUUCUUUUGUAGCUGAAGAAGCUGCCUCCUUGAAUGGCAGCUUAAAUUCUACAGGAUUUUCAUCAGGAUUGCCUAUUUUCAACCCAGAGAAAAGACCCAAACUUGAAAAACCAACGCCUGUUCUUGAUGUUAAAAGUUCUGAUAUGACCAGCUCUUCCUUUUAUGCUGCCCCUAUACAACAGCCAUCACUGGCAAGUGUACCACUUGCACCGUCAGUUGGCAUGCAAACUGGGUCUCAAGCCAAUCAGUUACAAGCUGCAUUUGCUUCAGCACCCCCUCCCCCGCCUCAUUCUUCAGCAAAUCAACCAUCAAACCAAUAUGUCCAAUCAACUGGUUUGAUGGCUGGGGGAAUUCCUUAUGGAUAUGGACCAAAUGGCCUACCACCUCCACCUCCUUUGCCUCCACAUGUGGCAAUGGGGUUGUCAAUGCCUGGUAAUCAAUCGGCACAGCAGCAACAACAGUCUUCUCCCGGGGGAUAUUACAGGCCACCUGGCAUAGGGUUUUAUGGGCAAAGUCACCCCUCAACACCACCCCCGGUACCUAGGCAGUGAGCAUGAUUUGAAGAUCAUUGGCCAACAUUGUUGCAAAACCUUGUAGCAAGAUCAUCCCUGGGAAAUUGCUGUGUAAUAAUGUAAAUUGUUAGAAUUAGAUGUGGCCAGAAUUAAUCUGUAGUCUCUUUUACCUACUGCCUUUUUCCGCCUACUGUCUAAUGUCUGAGUAGUAGUAGGCUUUUGAUAGCACUAGUUGAGAUCUUACCUAAGCAGUUUUAACUGUUAAGAGAAAGAACCUCUUGGGGCCUUAAAGUAUUUAUCUGAAACUUCACGGAGGCCCUUGUUACGGUGCAUGUGGACAUCUUGUUUGUAUGAAGCCUGCAUAUGGGGAUAAACAUUGACAGAUGGUGUUAUUCACCUCUAGAUGAUUUUCAGAGCUUCACCUUUCUAACGCCUUGGAGGUUGGAAUGUGUUAAUGUAGAUUAAUACCAAUUGACAAAUGUUGAUAUUGUUAUUGUCUGCCAGUGUCUGGUUGAUGUGUUAGGAUAUCUUUAUUUAUGCUUAGAGAAAAUUUAUUGACACUA